UCUGAACUCCAAAGUCGAAGCCGAAUUCAAAUACUCUCUUCUCGCGCGCGCAAGUAGCGCAUAUUAGAGACUCUCCAAUACUGUUAAUUUCUCUCUAAUUCCAAAGAGCAAAACAAGUAAUGGAAAAUCUGAGCAGAUCAUCGCUGAAGUUCUUCUCCGAUCAACAACUCUGCUACGCCGAUAUCCUCACUCCCUCUGAGGUUCGAGCCAGAAUCGAAGUUGCAGUGCUCAAUUUUCUCAGGAUCUUGACUUCUCCUGAUCCUGCAAUAUCAGAUCUUCCUCUGAUAAAAAGGACUUCGAGUAAUAGCAGAGUAAGUCAUGGAUUGUUGACUGAUCUUUCGUGGGUUUUCCUCUCUCAUUCAUUUUGUACAAGGUCUCUUAUGAGAGCCAAUGCAGCUAAGGCGUUUGUUAGAGUGUGGAAGGUGAUGGAGGUGUGCUUUCAGGUUCUGGUUCAAGAAAAGAGGGUCACACAGAGAGAGCUGUUUUACAAGUUGCUUUGUGUUUCCCCUGACUAUUUCCCAUCUCAGUUGCAGGUUAACAGGACAAUCCAAGAUUUGGUGGCCUUGCUUCGGUGCAGCCGUUAUAGUCUUGCAAUCAUGGCCUCUAGCAGAGGAGUUGUUGCUGGGCGCUUGUUGCUUCAGGAACCAAACCAAGAGGUUGUGGAUUGUGCUGAAUGUGGAUCUUCUGGGUAUGCCAUUUCUGGUGACUUGAAUAUGUUAGACAAACUGCUUAUGACAACGGAUGCACGUUACAUCAUUGUGGUGGAGAAGCACGCAAUAUUCCAGCGGUUGGCUGAGGAUCGUGUUUUCAGUCAGAUUCCUAGCAUUCUCAUUACAGCUAAAGGGUACCCUGAUAUAGCCACAAGGUUUCUUCUUCAUCGAAUGAGCCGCUCUUUCCCUGAAUUGCCAAUUUUGGCAUUGGUUGACUGGAACCCAGCAGGAUUAGCUAUACUAUGCACCUUCAAGUUUGGAAGCAUAGGGAUGGGUCUGGAGGCAUACAGAUAUGCUUGCAAUGUGAAGUGGUUGGGACUGCGAGGGGCUGAUCUAGAGUUAAUACCUGAAGAAUCACUAGUCCAGUUAAAGCCACGGGACCUGCAGAUUGCUAAUAGCUUGAUGGCCUCAGAAAUUUUACCGGAGAGCCACAGGGAAGAAUUGGCAAUAAUGAUUCAAAGUGGAAAAAGAGCAGAAAUUGAGGCUCUAUACUUCCAUGGAUACGAAUAUUUGGGGAAGUACAUUGCGAAGAAAAUUGUGCAAGCCAAUUACAUAUAACAGCACGGCAAACCAAGAAAUAGAAGGUAUAAAGUAGCAGCUACCUAGCAUUGAGAGGUUAAGUCAAAUUCUUCACUGGACAUAUGUGGACAAAAUAUAUGGAACUCUGACAUUAGACUUGGUCUCCCAGUUGACGCUUCAACGUCUGGAAAUGCAUCAAAGGAAAUUAUAACAGAGAAAUUUAUACACUCAAAUAUUUAGGCACCCAAAAGUUAUAUAAGAAGAUAAGUUGACCAGUUGAAGUUUUACUGAUUCUCAAAUGUAGAGUUGCACUACCCCCUUAGAAGGGAAAACAUGCCCGUGCCGCGUCUGAACUCUGACUUAAAACGAUUGGUUCGCGUAAAAUAGAAGUACUUUAAAUGAUAAUUAAUAAAAAUUCUACUAAAGUGAUAUGAUUUAGAUGUUUAACAUCUUGUGGCUGUAGUUUAGUGGUAAGAAUUCCACGUUGUGGCCGUGGAGACCUGGGCUCGAAUCCCAGCAGCCACAUAUUUUUGGUACAAUUGUUUUGUUAUAUUCUCUUCACCCCUCUAAUCCAUGAGGGUGCCACCUACUGA